AUGGAAUAUAGGCAGCUAGAAAUUCUGGGUUAUACGCAAUGGAGCCACAAGAAGCCUCCAAUGGAAGAGCUACCUCAGUUGCUCGCCUACAUGUACAAGGCGCUAAAGGCAGACCUUAACACUACAAAUUGCCCGCCCGCUCUAAUUAGUUUGAGGAAAUAUGCAAAACGAAUGCGUCUCAAAGUCAGGACUGACAGACGUCUGCGGGCGAGCACGCACCUACGUAUACCUGGCGUCGCGAUGCGCACCUCCGCUUCACCUCACGGAAAUGGCCAAGCAGGUAGCCAGGCUCGCGUAUUGUCGGCCCGUCAGUGCGCGCGUUCACUCGCCGCCGGUGGUAGUGUACGAGGUGCGCGCACGCACGCGCUUUAG